AUGCACAGACCCAUCGACGUCAUCAGCGAGCAUGAGCCUAUCACAUCCUGCACGCGCUGCUGCUCCUCAGUGUUUCAAGCGGCGGGCAGAAGCAGGCAGCUCGUGCGCAGAUUGACGAACCGCGGAUUCCGAGCCGCGCGGAUUCGGGGUCAGGCCGCGUUGCCUCUGGUGUUUGGGGGAGCAGAAGGAGCGCGGAGUGACGUCAUCAUCACCGCCCUCUGCCCUGCUGGAGGCUUUUCUUCUUCUCCGCUGACUGGAUCUCCUCCGGUGACCCGAGAACCUCUGAGAACCUCUGAGAAUCCCGGAGCCUCGGGGCUUGGAGGAGACGCGAGCCGCUGGCUGGUUUCAGAGAGAAAAGAGAACAGCCGCCAUCAUGCUCGGCCGCCGUGCUCAUGGACGUCCGACCUUCCCCCGCCCGCCGCCGGCGUGCGUCCUGGCUGUGGUCGUGUUGUUGGCCUCCGUCGGGCGGAUGAUGGGUCAGGCUGAGGGCGAGGCGCAGUCGGUCGCCCAGGUUCUGCAGGACCUGCUGGCCCGUUACGGGGACAACAGCACCAUCACGGUGCCUCAGCUGCGCUCUCUGCUCGCCGUCCUCAGCGAGGGUCACAGCGACGGCAACGGCAGCGAUGCGGCGGAGAGCGCGCCCGCCAGCCCUCCCAGAACCAACAGCUCUAAGUGCCUGCCGGCAGACACGCUGGCGCUCUACAGCAUCAGCGAGCGGUCCCGUCUGGACGGGCCCAGCCUGCAGAAGCUCUGCCCCACCAUGCUGCAGCAGCUGUACGCCGGCCGCUGCAGGGCGGAGCCAGAGGAGGGGCUGAGCCCUGACUCCUCCUCCAGGCCGUCAGACGCAGAAGUGUGGGGGUACUCCUUCCUGAGCGUGACUCUGAUCAACGCCGCCGCCCUCACCGGAGUCCUCGUGGCGCCGCUGAUGAAGACGCGUCACGCCAAGCACGCGCUGGUGUUCGCCAUCGCUCUGGCCAUCGGCACGCUCCUGUCCACCGCCGUGCUGCAGCUGGUGCCCGAGGCCUUUGGCUUCGACCCCCUGGUGGACUUCUACGUGUCCAAGUCCGCCGUGGUGUUCGGAGGCUUCUACCUGUUCUUCUUCACGGAGAAAGUCCUGAAGGUUCUGCUCAAGCAGAAACGAGUGAGCCACUCCCACUUCUCGGCUCCAGACCAUUACUCCGCCCCCGACGGUGACGCGGAGGGCGAGAAGCUGCAGCAGAACGGCGAAGCCAACAGCCUGGCUCGAGACAAAGCGGACUCUGGGGAGGGGGACCUGAUGCUCAGCCCCCCACAGACGCCGCAGGACCCGCAGAGUCCAGACACCAGGGGGCGCUCCAGCAGCCACGGCGGCUGCUACUGGCUGAAGCGGACGGCGUACUCGGACAUCGGCACGCUGGCCUGGAUGAUCACGCUGAGCGACGGCCUGCACAACUUCAUCGACGGCUUGGCCAUCGGCGCCUCCUUCACGGCGUCCGUCUUCCAGGGCAUCAGCACCUCCGUGGCCAUCCUGUGCGAGGAGUUCCCUCACGAGCUGGGAGACUUCGUCAUCCUGCUGAACGCCGGCAUGAGCAUCCAGCAGGCGCUCUUCUUCAACUUCCUGUCCGCCUGCUGCUGCUACCUGGGGAUGGGCUUCGGGAUCCUGGCGGGCAACAGCUUCUCCCCCAACUGGAUCUUCGCUCUGGCGGGGGGCAUGUUCCUGUACAUCGCGCUGGCAGACAUGUUCCCAGAGAUGAACGAAGUGAGUCGGGAGGAGGAGGACGCAGGAGGGAAACGCUUCCUCAUCACCUUCGCCAUCCAGAACGCCGGCCUCCUGACGGGCUUCUCCAUCAUGCUCCUGCUCACCACGUACGGCGGGCACAUCCAGCUGGGCUAGCCGGAGCCGGUCCGGCUAAAGGAGGACGGCGGGUCAGCUGACUCAUCCUCCCCCUGGAGCCGGGGGGUUCUCAGGGCGGCGGGAGCUCGGGGUCAGCUCUGACAUGCGGCCGACUCCCAGCUCUCCUGCUCCUCUUUAACCACGGAGGCAGGAACGGCCAAGCCGACGCCGGUCCGGAUUCUCCUCCUGAGGCGUCCUGCUUCGGUUCCAACAGAACUCUCCAGACUUUCAUCUCAUCCGUUUGUUUUCUACUUUAAGACUGAAGGGCCGUCCGGACCACUGAGGGCUCACCGUGGGGGGUCAGGCUCCUCCCACCGCAGCGCUCUUCAUCCACAGAGCACAAGUCUGCCAACCGUCAGAUGUGAUCCAAACAAAACCGGUCUCCAUGGUAACGGAGGUCAGAGCAGCUGCCCCAUGCACUCAAAUGUUGAGUCAGUUCCUCAUGUGCGGUCAAAAUGGUGCAGGGCGCCACCCUGAGGUGAGCUGAGGUAUGACACGCGAGGACGACUCCUCCAUGAAGAUGAUGGUUUAACCUGGAGAUGACCAGCUGUUUCCAUAGCAACCAGAGCCCAGUUCAUCAACGUCACGCAGAACGUGACAACAAACUCAGUUCCUCAGUGUUUCUGACUGAAGUCGAACCAGGAACAAAUCUCUGCAGGAAACGUGUCAGAAUUCCACUUCCUGUUACAUGAAUGUGACGCGAGGAAGUACGAGUGAUGCUGACGUGUUUCUGAUUCCAGAUGAAGGUUUUUCUUUACAUUGAUGUAGAUCUCCAAGACUGACAGUAAAAUGAACCUCACAGCAAAAACAUCUGCGCCGUUACCAUGGAAACGGUUUAAAAGGCAGCAGAGCCUUCAGUCCGUCUCAGACCAGCCCUGAGGUCAGCUGUUCUGUGACAUCAUCACCUGCAGACGAGCUGCUGUCUGAUGCGAACCGCACAGAUUCCCAAACAUUCUCUGCUAGAAGUGAAGGAUCCAGACCGAAACUUGAACUCCACACAGACCGUUCCUGGUGUGGAGCGGCAGAACUGCUGCUCAAACGUUCCAUGUUGAGAUUAUUUAUUGUUUUCAAGCCAUAAAAUAUAUUUAUUUUAUGCAGACAUUCUGUAUUUACAGGUAAACUCGUCAGCUGUUCCAUUUUAAGCUUCAGAUCAUCCAGAAGGUUCUUGAAGAUCAAAUGCUGUAAAAUAAACUCAUGUUUCUAGUCAUCCAAAGGUAUAUUUUCCGGAUGUUUCCAGCGCUCUCAUCCUUAUGGUUGUUUAUCAUUCUCUUCUCCAUGGAAAACUUUUUAUAAACAUUCCCUUUUCCAGA